AUGUUGAAGCCACAACCAGCGAAACCGUCCAAGAAGAAGAAAGAUCUUGUUGUCAGAUUGACUAACGCGAGAGGAUUUGAGUUCGGUCGGUUGCCGCAGGACGUCGCGUCUUGGGUGUCGAAAUUGUUGGACCUCGACAUUGUCGACUUCCGAGGGAGCACCGUCGUCGAUUGCCCAACCACGCUACAUUCUGGUGCCGAUCUCAUAAUUUCUCUUUCCAUCUACAUCAAGGCAUCCGCCUUCCGUACUCCUAGUACAUCCGCAGAAGACCAAAAGGAGCGCGUGAUGUUCAACGAAGGACAGGAGACCGGAGAGGAACAAAUCCUUCGCGAGCGCAAACAAGCUUUGCUCAAGAUGUUCAAGGUACUCGAACUCAAGCCUCGGAAAGGAAGCGACUUCACGCGACGGCCGCAUGGUAAACUGGAUCAGCAGGAUCUGGAGAUGCUAUCGCAGAGGCAAGUAGCGAGCGGAGGGUCGAAGCCCAAACGCCAGACCGAAAUCGUGGGCGACGGGGAAGAGGUCGAGGUCGACGAAGAGGGCGAGGAGCUGUCUGACAAUGAGCUUGAUCUCAUCUAUAAGCGGGCGCAGCAAAACGAUCGACAGCUCGGACAGAUGGACCCCGCCGACACUUUCACCCUGGAUCUGCGAGGCUAUCAGAAGCAGGCUCUGAACUGGAUGCAUUCGAUCGAGAUCGGCGCGGUGUCUGCUCGCGAGGAAACGUCAAUGCAUCCGCUUUGGAAAGAAUACCUGUUCCCGCUUGAGCCCAACAAUGGUGUCAUCGACUUGACCGCAGAUGACCGAGCGUUCUACUUCAACGAAUAUUCCGGUGAGCUGAGCUUGCAAUUCCCGAAGGCAGAAAGGAAAUGCAGAGGUGGUAUCCUAGCGUACGUUGUGGGAAUGGGAAAGACUAUCAUGCUCUCUGCCCUCAUACAGACCGCCCGUGGUCCAGAAGACCCAGCUCCAAACGGCGAUACUAAUACUAGCAAAAAGCGGCAGCUCAAGCUCAACAGCGCCUUCCGCUCUGUUAAACGUGACGCAGAUGUUCUACCAAAGCGUGGGCCGGCGGCGACGUUGAUUGUUGCUCCGACGUCCUUGCUGAUGCAAUGGUGCUCUGAACUGGAGAGAUCGAGCAAGCCGGGAACAAUGAAGGUUCUUGUAUGGCAUAGCCAGAAUAGGACCGACUUGGAUGUUGCGCUGAGCGGAGAUAAUCCAGUCGAUGUCGUGAUCACGUCUUAUGGGACAUUGGUAUCGGAGCACUCCAAAAUGGAACGGAGCACGUCGCCUGUCUUCGAGAUUGAAUGGCUACGUGUUGUUCUCGACGAAGCUCAUCAUUGCAAGUCACGACAAAGCAAAACUGCGAAAGCGGUCUACGCUCUGCGCGCACGACGGCGAUGGGCCGUUACAGGCACGCCUAUUGUCAACAGAUUGGAAGACCUCUACUCGCAUCUCAAAUUCUUGGACUUUACACCGUGGUCAAACUACACUUUCUUCCGCUCAUUCGUCUCACUACCUUUCCUUGCUCGGGACCCGAAGGCGGUCGAGGUCGUGCAAGUAAUUCUGGAGAGUGUACUGCUGCGCCGUGAGAAGAACAUGCUCGACACUGACGGGAAGAAGAUCGUCGAGUUGCCUCCGAAAGAGGUAAUCGUGGAGAAUCUAGAAUUCUCGCCGUUAGAACGGAAGAUCUACGACUCCCUAUAUACAGACGCCAAGAAAAACUUCGACAAAUUGAACGAGAGGGGCCUGGUCAGCAGAAACUACACGCACAUCCUGGCAAUGCUGAUGCGACUCCGACGUGCCGUCCUGCACCCCAACCUCGUACUCUCCGGCGCAGACGAGGGCAUCAAGGCGUCAAGUGCAGGGGCAGUGGACGUCAAUGCUCUCAUCAAACAGUUCGACGAAGGCAAAGACACACCGGGUGACAACAAAGUUUUUGCUGAGGGCGUGCUGGCAAAUCUGGAAGGAGAAGAAGAGCAGGAAUGUCCAAUAUGUUUUGACGUUAUGGACACGCCUACCAUCGUCCCGAUUUGCAUGCAUCAGAGCUGUAAGGAUUGCAUUGUGGCAUUCAUUGAGACAUGCCGAGAGAAGGGUGAAGACGGUCGAUGCCCGACAUGUUCUCGCGGCCCUAUCAAGGAGAGUGAUCUCAUCGAAGUUGUACGGACGAAGGCCGAAACCGAUAGUGUGGAAUCGCAAGCCUCACGUCCAACUGUCACAUUGCGACGCAACGACUUCCGGUCUUCUACUAAGCUCGAGGCGCUGCUCCGAGACCUCCAACGACUGAGAGGCGAAAAUCCCUCUUUCCGCGCAGUCGUCUUCUCUCAGUUCACGAGUUUUCUCGAUCUCAUACAAGUUGCCUUGGAACGGGAAAGCCUGACAUGGUACCGAUUCGAUGGUACCAUGGACGUCAAGAAGCGAAAUGACUCCGUAGUUGGCUUCAAGGCUGAUUCUCAGGGACCGAAGGUCCUCAUUGUGAGCCUCAAAGCAGGCGGUGUUGGUCUCAACCUGACGAAUGCCAAUCAUGUAUUCAUGAUGGAUUGCUGGUGGAACGCUGCAACCGAGAACCAAGCGAUCGACCGAGUUCAUCGCAUAGGACAAGAGAGGCCCGUCUACGUGAAACACUUCAUCGUCUCGGAUACCAUCGAAGGACGCAUUUUGCAGAUACAAAAGCGCAAGACCGCCAUUGUGAAGGAGGCUUUCCGAGGCAAAGGAGAGGGAGAUCCGGAAAGCGUCGAGAAUUUGAAGAUUAUGUUCGGGGAUAUCUGA